AUGUCAACAUGGCUCCAGGCCAUUGGACGUAUCUGUCGUUACGGUCAGACCCAUCCAUGUCUUGUUAUUCAACUGUACAUGCACAACACCUUUAAUGAGAACCAGAAUGUUCAUGCGACCAACAACUUCCUGUCCACAUUUUGGGCCGGCUUAGAUGUGGAGAACCUGGACCAGAUUGGUAUCGACCACAACCGUAUGGAUGGCAACUAUUGUUUUUGGAAGAACAAGAUAUAUCCCAAGGACGACCCCAGUUUGCCUACAGUUAUCCGCAAACACCCCCUAACAUCUAACCAACUCGUUCAUAAGCUCUUCUCGAUGCAGGACCAUGUAACGGUCGAGAUCAAGGAGACUGGGAUAGGUCUGGAGGGCGUGAAGGGUAAGGAUGUUAUGACACGCUCCCAGGUUGUCGAGCACAAGGCCACUCCCCCAUUGACACCAAAAAAGCCCAGAGCUCCUGUAAUCGACAAUGAUGCUCUCGCGAGCACUGCCCUUGCAGCGAUUACAUCUCCACAUUAA